AUGGCCCAUGACCCCAUGACUGGCCUCCAGUUCACGGAUGUUCAGCUGCUCAGUCCCACUCUCAAAUCAGACGCCCCAGACCCUGUCACACCAGGCCCCAUGCUGCUGGCUCGGCAACCAGUGGUGCUGCUCACAUGCCCGCCCAACGCUCACUUCCUGCCACCAUCACAACCCAAGAUCGCUGUCAAGAGAAGGAGGGACAGGAGGCAGCAGCAGAGGGGAAUGGGUACUGAGGGGGAUUCUUUGUCAGAAGGCAGGGGGAGCAGGAGGCAGCAGUGGGGCAUGGGGUGUGUGUGGCCAAUCAGAGCAUGGCAAGUGGUGGUUGUGCUUGCGCUCGUGGCUGCUGCGGCCCCUCUGCCCAUCCUCGUGUACCUUCGACAAUGCCGAUUCAUGGCGGGUGCAUUUGGCCCGCUCGCAUUCAUACUCUCUCCGGGAUACUCUUGGCUCCCCUUCAUCCUACUCCUUGGGAUAUUUCUACCGUAG